CUUUCUUCCGCAGCGCCUCGACCUGUGGCCCCAAAUACAAAUAUAAUUCCCGUAAACGAAUCAGGCCAACAAAUAAACGAAACAAAUCGAGCAGCUUGAUAAUGGCCGCAGCUCCCACAAAAAGGAAAUGAAAUCAAAUCGCACAGGCGCUGUAAAUUACACCCGGUGUUAAUUAAAGGCGAGCGAGCGCCAAGUCGGCCCCGAAAACCUCUUCUAGCCAUCUGGCUGCAAGCGCUUCGCAGCCUACAAAUCAAUCACGCGAAGCUGAUGUGCAACAUGUAGUUCGUGCGACCGUGUUGCAUACGCUAUAAGGACGAUUUCGUUAUACAAUGUCAAUGGCUAUUUACAUGCCGCAUGACAAAUGGCCAUUUGUUUUCAAUCAAAUUGAAGCGAGCACACAAUGGACAACAGCAGCAGCAGCAACACCACCAACAGCAACAGCAUCGGCAUCAACAAUGCAAUCCAAACAAAAAUGACUUAAAGCCGCUUAAGAGUGCAAAACAAACGAAAAAGGCAGCAUAAACCGAAACGCACACAGACACAGACACAGACACGGACACAGGCGAAGCGAAACAAAACAAAAGCCGCAACAGCAUAAAUUGGAGCAGCCACGCGAGCGACCAACGCGACGUAUGCGUGAUUAAUUGCAAUUUAAGUAGCAACGCGAAGCUCCGACAAAAUGUUGCCCACAAAUGUGAUGACGUUCAUGAAGAAAAUGGUGGCCACCGACGAGCAGGCGAACCAGGGGCAUCCGCAUGCAACAGAUUCGGGCGGCGGCGCCUCGAACACGGGCGCCUUGAACAAAAUGAAGGCAACGCUCUCCUCGUCGCUGCUAACCGUGACAGAUAAAGUUAAUAAAAUGUCGCCACGCCCGUCGCUGGUGCCAACGGAUACGGACACCAGCGGCAGCUACGGCUCACUCAGCUAUCAGCAGCAGCAGCAUCAGCAGCAGCAGCAACAGCAGCAGCAGCAGGAGGUCAGCAGCAAUCUGAACAACAACAAUAACAGCACGGGGGGCGGCGGUGGUGGUGCCGCGGCCAAACAGGAGCCCGGACGCCGAGCGGGCGCGUGUCGGGUGUGCCUCAAGUCCUUCAAGCCGGACGACUACCACAAGACGUGCUUCGAGUGCCAGCAGCGCGUGUGCGAGGAUUGUGCCAGCUACAGCAAGCUGGAUGAGCACGAGGAUGCGAACAUGUGGCGCUGCAGCGUCUGCCGGCGCAAGAUGGCCUCGCGCGUCUGUAUACCGCAGGACUCGACGGACUCCACACUGGACGUGCCCGUGCUGGAGGCACUGCAGCGCCGGCACUCGGACGCCAAGCUGGGCAGCAGCACACAGACGCUGGCGCCCAGCAAUGGAGCUGCCCUGGCACCGCCGCGCAGUCCAGAGCUGCGACGCCAUUCAGACGUCUCACCUGCAUCGCUGAAGGAGCUGGAGCGCCAGCUGAAAGGCGGUCGCAGCAUGGCGCCCAGUCGCUCGAACAGCCCGCCGCGCGGCGGCGAACUGGAGCCCGCAUUCGGUGCGCCGCUCUCGCGGAUGCAGUCGCGGCGCGGCUCUCGGGUCUCGCGGCAGCACAGCUAUGACGACGACAUGAAGGCAGGCGGUGUGGGCGGCAGCAUGGGCGGGGGUGGGCCCGCAUUGGGCAUGGGCGCCGACGCCGCUGGCCUGGGCCUGCCAGCCAUGCCGCGCAGGAAAUCGGCCUACGAUGUGUUUGCGCCAGGUGUGAUGCAGGGCGCGGCGGCAGGUGCCACGCAACUGCAGCGCUCGCCGUGUGACGGCGGCGGUGGCAUAAUGCCGCCCGUGCAGCUGCCCGGCUCGCGGCGCCCCUCGUUCCGAAUGCCGCACGCCUCCGAGGACCUGCAGAACGAUGACUCGCCCAGCUCGCCGGACAAGGGCAGCCCCGUGCUGACGGUGGACGAAGAUCGACGCAUGCGACGACGCGGCUCACAGCUACCGGAUAUAGCGGCCCUGCAGAAUCGCGGCGCAUUGCCGGCGGGCUUGCAGGCGGCAAUACCGCCACCGAUGGCCUCUUUUACGGGACCCAAUUUGGAGGAUUUGGAGGCGCCACGGAGGCAAACGUCCAUGGAUGGCGAGGCCAUACGCAUUGUCAUACACGAUGUUGAUUCCGGUCCAAUAUGCGCAUCCAAGCGUCGCAUUGUCCUGCGCCGAGACCCCACGGACAAAGCACAUCGCACUCGAGGCUUUGGGAUGCGCGUGGUCGGUGGCAAGACCGGAGCUGAUGGGCGGCUCUUUGCCUACAUUGUCUGGACGGUGCCGGGCGGGCCCGCCGAGAAGAAUGGCCUACAGCAGGGCGACAAGAUACUCGAGUGGAAUGGAAUGUCGCUAAUUGAUCGCAGCUUUGAGGAGGUCUGCUCCAUCAUGGAUCGCACCGGGGACAUUGUGGAGCUGCUGGUGGAGCAUGCAACAGAUUUUCGCAUGUGCGACUUGUUCGACGAGAAUCUGCCACCCGGCAAUAGUGGCGGCCAGAGCGGACCGCGGCGCUCCGGCGAUGGCCCCAUUGGACUGGGACUUAUAGCGGACCCCGAAACCAACACAGACAAAUCACCAGCAUCGCCAACUAGACGGAAAUUACCAAAAACUCCGGAGCAAAUUGCCCGGGAGAAAAUGGUCAGCGGCCGGGUGCAAAUACAGGUUUGGUAUCAUGCGGAGCGCAGCGAGCUGGUCGUGUCCCUAAUGGCUGCCGAUGAUCUGGCGCUGCGCGAUGAGGCAUAUGGGCAUGGCAAUCUGCCGGAGGCGUACGCCAAAGUUCGGAUUCUGCCCAAGUGCGGCGAUGGCAGCGUGCAGCAAACGGAGGUCAGCCGACCCACUCAGAAUCCCAUUUGGAAUGCAACACUAACCUUCGCACAUGUGAAGGCCGACAGCUUGAUGGAUCGCUACAUAGAUAUACAGCUGUGGGAUCUGGUGCCGCACACAGAGUCCAUAUUUCUGGGCGAGUGCAACAUUGAGUUGCAGCAGGCGUUUCUCGAUGACCAGGCCAUCUGGUGCCGUCUGGAGGAUCCCAAGGGGCUGCGCGGCAUCAGCAUCAGCAAGUCGCCCAGCGUGUCGCCACGCGGCUCCAUUGCUGGCGCACAUUGCGGCGAUGUGUCACGUCUGAUCCGUCGGGACUACAAUACACAGCGCUCGAUGUCGGAUGAUGUGGAUUCGAUUGGGGAUGGUGCGUCUUUGCUUCAUCCAGAUCAUGCUUGGAUAGCGGGCUCGCGACGCGGCUCAUCGCAAUCGGAGACGAUGGAGGUGGAGGUGUAUCAGCUGGGUAAGGACUUCUCGCGCUCAUUGCCGGGCUCGCGUCGUUCCAGCUUUCAGGAUGCCGAAAAGAAUCGGCUGGAAGAGGAUGCCAUGGCCACGCCGCCCACAUCCUAUCUUGUGGGCCGGCGUCGCUCCUCAGUGGCACGACGCGAUCCGGAUGAGAUCAUGAAGUCCUUAAAGGCUGUACGCGGCGAGCUGGGACGCACCAUGAGCCUGAACACCGAACAGCCCAAGCGCAUGGGCUCAAGACGUGCCAGCCGUGUCGGCCUGCCCAGUGGUCCCAAUAGCCGCAAGAGCUCCAUACUGGAUCUGUCGCAGCAGCAGCAGCAGCAGCUCCAACAGCUACAGCUGCAACAGUUGCAGUUGCAGCAGCAACAUCUGCCAGUUGGCAUUGGCACCACCGAGACCAGUCCACCGUCCGAUGAUGAAGAUAAACGCUUCAGACCCCGCUGGAAGGGCUCGGGCACACAUCUGCCGCCGCAGAGCGCCAAGCAGGCAUUGUCCAGGCUAAAGCAGGCCGCCUCCGCCUCGAAUGUGGCGCAAGAUAAGCAGGGCCAGUUGCUCGGCAGCGGCCUGGGCGAUGCCAGUCAGCAGCAGACGCUACGCAAGGGCAGCAUGGUCAAUUUGCGUGGUCAGGACACGCUCAGCGCUGCACAGCUGCAGCAGCAGCAGCGUAAGGGCAGCAUGUUUCAAUUGGGCGACGCGCACGCCGCACAAUCCCAAUCGCAGUCGCUGCAGCGCAAGGGCAGCGUCUAUGUGCCAUCGUCCAGUGAAACGCCCCCCAUGGGCACGCCCACGCGCAAGGGCAGCGUCUAUCAGCGCACCAGCACAGAGAGCGGCGACAGUCCCCAACGCAAGGGCAGCGUCUAUCAGCGCCCCAGCACAGACAGCGGCGACAGUCCGCAGAGGAAGCAGAGCGUGGUGAAAACCCUGAGCGGCAGCUAUGUCAACGUCUCGGCCAUCACGGGCAGCGAGUCGAGCUACGGACUCAAGCUCGGCCCCUCCCAGAUACAUCCCAAGGGCUAUCGGCUGACCACGGCGCGCUACGGCGAGCUUAAAAUGGGCUUUGUCAAAAUCAAAGGCAAUGUCGAGGUGGAGCUAAUUUGCGCACGGAAUAUUGUGAACGCCGACUGCGAGACGCCGCCGGAUACCUAUGUCAAGUGCUACAUCAAGGAUGGCGAGCGUUUGCGGCACAAGAAGAAAACGCGCGUAGUGCGGCACUCCGCAGAGCCAUUCUACAAGCAGACUAUCAAAUACCAGAGCGCUGAUGUCUUUGGCCGGAAUAUAGUCAUCAUGGUUUGGCAGCGCUGCGUGGGCUUCGAGCACAAUCAGGGCCUGGGCGGCACGGAGGUGAAUCUGGACAAAGUGAACAUAGGACAGCAUAUCACUGGCUGGUAUCCGCUAUUCCCGAUGCACAGCUAUGGCGGCUCCGAUUCGGAUAAUUCUCCUUGACCGAACACGCGAAUGCGAGCGACAACAGAAACAAUAAAAACGAAAUGCAUAACACCAAUAUUUAAUGAUAUGCUACUGCUUAAAGUUAAAGCUCAAUUUGUUAGUAUUUAAGCUGGCCAAUCAAACAUUUGUUGUUUAAUCAAACUUUUAAUCCAAAGCAAGCACCAAAAGUCCCCAGAUAUAUACAUACAUAUAUAUAUAGAUAUUUAUUGUAUGCCCCCUUCCCAAAUAGUUAUAGUAGUUAAAUGAGCUUGACAGCGUUUUUGGAUGUUUUCGAGUUGUGUAUAUGGGGUGAGAGCUUUGUAAGUACAGUUAGGUACAGUAAGGCAGCACUAUGGCAAACCGUUCGCAGCACAAUAAUUGAGAAUCGAGAGUACCAGAACAGAAAAUAGAAUACAAAAAGAAAAUAUAUACAUAAAUACAUAUAUAUAUUUUUUGCUUGUUGUUGUUGUGUUUGUGAAUGU